AUGUCCAUGCCGGAGACGUUCACCGUGAAGGUCGGGGAGGCGACGCCGGCCGCCGGCGGCAGGCCGUCGGCCGGGCCCGUCUACCGGAGCAUCUACGCCAAGGACGGCCUCAUGGAGCUCCCGCAGGACAUCCAGUCCCCCUGGGACUUCUUCAGUGGAGCAGUCAAGAAGUACCCCAUGAACAGGAUGCUCGGCCGACGACAAGUUACAGAUGGCAAGGCCGGUGAGUAUGUGUGGCAAACGUACGAGGAAGUGUACCAGAAGGUCAUGAGGAUUGGAUCAGCCAUCAGAAGCUUGGGCGUAGAGCCGGGAGCUCACUGUGGCAUAUAUGGAUCCAACUGCCCGGAAUGGGUUAUGGCCAUGCAGGCAUGCAACAGUCAAGGAAUAUGUUAUGUGCCACUAUAUGACACCCUCGGAGCAAAUGCUGUUGAAUUCAUCAUGGACCAUGCUGAGAUAUCCAUUGCAUUUGUCCAGGAGAGCAAGAUCAAAUCUAUACUAGCAGUAGUCCCUAAGUGCACAGCCCAUCUUAGAGCCAUUGUUAGUUUCGGAGAUUUUACAAGUGAGAUGAAAACUGAAGCUAAGAAAUUUGGUGUGUCUUGCUUUUCUUGGGAAGAAUUUUCUUCAAUGGGAAAACAAGACUAUAAACUUCCUAAUAAAUGUAAGGAAGAUAUUUGUACGAUCAUGUAUACCAGCGGAACAACUGGAGAUCCCAAAGGUGUGAUAAUCACAAACAGGGCUAUCAUUGCUGGUAUUAUGACCACAGAACACCUCCUCAAAGAGACAGAUAAAGUGUUCACAGAAGAGGAUUCCUAUUUUUCCUAUCUUCCAUUAGCACAUAUAUUUGAUCAAGUAAUUGAGAACUACUGUAUUUCUAAAGGAGCCUCCAUCGGAUUCUGGCAAGGGGACAUUAGGUAUCUAAUGGAGGAUGUACAAGUGAUGAAACCGACAAUAUUUUGUGGUGUUCCUCGUGUUUAUGAUCGUAUAUAUACAGAUAAAGGAAGGGCUUGGGGCGUAUCACGCCUCAUGAUAGCAGGAGCAGCACCUUUGCCAGGGCAAAUCGAAGAGUUCAUGCGGGUAACCAGCUGCAGCAUUGUAGUACAAGGAUAUGGGCUCACUGAGAGUUGUGCAGGAUGCUUCACAUCAAUCGCCAAUGUUUUCUCAAUGAUUGGUACAGUUGGCCCUCCUGUCACAACAAUCGAAGCACGACUGGAGUCUGUCCCUGAAAUGGGCUACGAUGCACUGUCAGACAUGCCCCGGGGUGAGAUCUGCUUGAGGGGCCACACCAUGUUCUCUGGGUACUACAAGCGCCCUGGCCUCACUGAAGAAGUGUUCUCAGAUGGCUGGUUCCAUACAGGUGAUAUUGGGGAGUGGCAACCCAAUGGCACAAUGAAGAUCAUUGAUAGAAAGAAGAAUAUCUUCAAGCUGUCCCAGGGAGAGUAUGUAGCAGUUGAGGUCCUGGAAAGAGCAUACAUGCAGUCCCCCCUUGUGGCAUCGGUCUGGGUCUAUGGGAACAGCUUUGAGUCAUUCCUUGUUGCCGUGGUUGUCCCUGAGACGCAAGCUCUCGAGGAAUGGGCAGCACCCAACAACAAGGCCGGCGAUUUCGCAGAGCUGUGCAUUGAUACCAAAGCAAGGAGUUACAUUCAGGAUCAGCUGAACCAAACUGGCAAGAAACUUGGGUUGAGAGGCUUUGAGAUGCUGAAAGCAAUUUACCUGGAGCCAGUGCCUUUCAGCAUCGAGAAGGACCUCAUAACUCCAACCUUUAAGCUCAAGAGACCCCAGCUGCUCAAAUAUUACAAGGAUCGCAUCGACCAGAUGUACAAGGAUGCCAAGGAGGGGAGAACUGCACCAUGA